AUGAACAAGCGUAUGGAAAAGGAAUUCGCUGAUAUCAGCAACAACCCUCCUAAAGGUGUUUCUAUUAAGAAAGGUAACGACCAAACUAAGUGGGAAAUCACCAUUGCUGGCCCUGAAGGUAGCGUUUAUCAUGGUCACAACUUCAAGGUUAUCUGCUCCUUCCCUGAUAACUAUCCUUUCAAAAUGCCUGACUUUGCUUUCGAAACUAUGAUCUGGCACCCUAACGUAACCGACAAGGGUGAAGUUUGCAAGGAAAUGCUUGGUGAAAAGGAAUGGGUUCCCACAAAGUAAGUUAAAACUGUUAUUGAAAUUAUUGCCUCUAUGUUAGCUGAACCUAAUGUUGAUUCUGCUAUCAACAACGAAGCUGCUAAGCAAUAUAAAUCUGAUCCAAAGGAAUUUGAAAAAAAAGCUAAGGAAUUUAUCAAUCAAUAUUGUAAAAAGUGA